AUGCAGCACACGACGAUAGCCCUCACGGGCGAACAAAUCGAUCUUGUCUCGGAUGCGGCCAAGACAUUGAAGAAAGACUCCCCAGAGGAAAUGCUCGAGCUUACUUGGCGCCAAAAGCUUUACGAAGCACUGAAAGACUGGACGCUACGAGGCCAGGGUCUACCUUUCGAGAAGGUAACCACCUCAACAAAAAUGAUCAAGAUGGCUCGAACACAGGAGUUCAGCGUGAAGUAUUCUGAUGCUGUUGUCGCGGUCCAAGCAAAGCGAAGCUCUCACUAG